UUUUAUGUUAAUUUCAGCGUGAUCUGUGCACGGACUGGAGGGAGCCGCUGAGUGCUGGCUUUGUUGGCUGUUGCCUCUCUGCUUAAUGUCGAUGAGUCUUCGGACAGACACAACCUGCCGCUGAAUCACCGUCGGGACUUUUUGUGAACGGCAUCUUGUGCGUAUAAUGUCGCCGCUGAGGACGCGCAGCUCAAUGUGAAUAUCUGUGGAUCCAGCCGGUAGAUAGAGAAGAGGUGAACGCACCUUGCAUCCAGCCAUGGGAGGUCAGAUCACCAGAAAUACCUUCUACGAUUCUCUGAACAGGCCGUUUCCUGCCACAUCCCACCGAUGCCACCACAAGCCCAAGCGCUGCCUGCCCAUCCAACCAUGUGGGAGUUUGUCCUCCUUCCCUCUGCUCUUCCACCCCAGCACCAUGGGCUCGCAGAUUGUCAUGGACAUGUCCCAGAGGACCGUCAAGAGACAGGCCAGCUUCUGUAACGCCAUCACCUUCAGCAACAGACCUAUCGCUGUGUAUGAGCAAGUUCGUCUGAAGAUCACUAAAAAGCAGUGCUGCUGGAGCGGUGCUCUGCGUCUUGGUUUUACAUCCAAAGAUCCAUCGAGGAUCAACCCAGACACCCUGCCGAAGUACGCCUGCCCCGACCUGGUCUCCCAGAGCGGCUUCUGGGCUAAAGCCCUGCCAGAGGAGCUCUCCAAUGAGGGACAUGUCAUCUCCUUUUGGGUGGACAAGAAAGGCCGGGUGUUUUACCGAAUCAACGAGUCCAGCCCAAUGCUGUUCUUCAGCGGGGUACAUGUCUCUGAACCACUGUGGGCUCUCAUAGACGUCUACGGCCUCACCAGGGGGGUCCAGCUGCUAGACAGUGAGAUGCUCCCCCUGGACUGCCUGCGUCCUCGUUCUUUUGCUGCCGCCCACCGGGCCUCCAUUCACCAAAACGGUGAUGACCCUCGCCUGUCCAUCAGCCUGUGUGACCUGAGCCUGCAGCAGCAGGAGACUCAUCUGGAGGAAGAUGAUGAGGAAGAGGAGCGGCUACAACCCUUAAGCUCCACCUCUUGCCAUGUGCCCCAAAACUCUCAAAACUCACAGCAGUGCUCGCUGCUGCCCAGCCAUCUGGACACUGAUCUGCACUUCCACUCGGUGCACGGCAUCCAUGUUACUGAGCUGGAUAAGCACACAGUGGCGCGGCUGGAUCACCGUGGUGAUGAGAGGACGCUGGUCUUAACCAGCCGGCCAAUGCGCUGCUCAGAGACUCUGUUUGUGAAGGUGAAGGCUGGUGUCACACGGCCUGGGUCUCUUUCUUACGGUGUGACAUCAUGUGACCCGGCCACCCUGAGGCCCAGUGACCUCCCAUCCAAUCCAGAGUCCCUGGUUGACCGCAAAGAAUUCUGGGCCGUGUGUCGGGUGGCGGUGCCACUCCACAGUGGAGACAUCUUGGGCUUUGUGGUGAACGCAGAAGGGGAGGUCAUGAUGAGCCAUAACGGCACCAGUGCAGGGAUGCAGCUGUGUGUCGAUAACUCCAGGCCACUCUGGAUGUUCUACGGUCUGCACGGCACCAUCACACAACUCAGGAUUUUAGGCUCAUCUGUGCACCCAGACCUUCGAGGCCCAUCGGUCCCCAGCUCCCCAUCCUGUAACACCCCCACAAUGCUUUGCUGCGGAAACUCCGAGCCCAACCUCAACACACCCUUGAAGAUCAACCUCAAUUCAAGCAUCAACUCCAACUACCACUCAGUCUUUUCUUCCUCCACAGGUACAACCCCUAGCUCUCCAUUCUCCAGCCACCCGGAGUCCCCUACCUUCCCAUCCUGCUCGGGCUCGUGGAGUGACGAAUGCACCAUUUGCUAUGAGAAUGUGGUGGACACUGUCCUCUACGCCUGUGGACACAUGUGUCUCUGCUAUGCCUGUGGCCUCAAACUCAAGAAGAUGGCCAAUGCGUGCUGCCCCAUCUGCAGGAGAACAAUCAAAGAUAUCAUCAAGACCUACCGGAGCACGUAGGCUUGUGUUAGGCAACGUGUCACAUUGUCAGGUUUAGCUCAAAAGGUUGUCAAAGCCAUGUAAGCUUUUGUAAAGACGGACACAGCACAAGUGAAAGCCCCGCUUGCUUGUGUGUGCAAUCUGGCUCAGGUACUCAUCAUUAAAACAUUGUAUCUAUGUUAUGUCUAAUGCACAUCCUUGGAAAGCUCACAGUGGUUCCUACCUAGGAUAUCCCAGUAAGGAGAUUCAUCAGAGACCAUCAAACAUUAGUGUGAUCAAAGGAAACAAAAUAUGUGCUACUGCAGAUAGGACUUGCGCCUAACAGAUCACACCUUGACCUACUAUUGUCCAGUGACUGAAGAAGCAUCUGUCCUACUCCUUGCAGAGUAUCCCUUCAUUCUGCUGGUGAUAGCAUUGCUGCUAGCUAGUUUUAGAAGAAGUAAAAUUGUCCAGACCUACGGAGGAAAUCAAGGAGAAUAAAUCUGUGGUUUCACUAGCUGCUCCUCUAGUGCGUGUCAGAGAGCACUGGGUCAGAAAGGUGUUUUUUUAGAGUAAGAAUAAAUUGUCUACUAAAUCUGAGUGAAAAAAUAAUAAAAGAUAGUUUUAAUUGAGAUUUCCUGAAUGCUUCCAGAAGCCAGUGAGGAAUGAGUAAAAAGAAAAAGAAAGUCUUUGUGGUGCAAACUUUGAAGCACUUCUAAAAUAAGCCAUUUUGAAUGCAUAGAAAAUGCUCCUCCUGCAAUAAAACACAAUGAAAUGUCUGAACCUAAAGGGUAAAGAAAUCCCUAAAGGAACUCUGUUGCAUAAUAAAUUAAGUGUUUUGUCCGAUAUCUCACUACCUGCUGUGCUUCUGUGAACUUCAGGCAGGGAGAGACUGUAUGAAGGGUAAAAAAGUGUGAACGUUGUCACCAUAGAAGAUCACGCUUGUGGUGAAUAAGGAUGUAAUUCGGUGAAGAGGGAGAGAGGAUGUUGUAUGUUUGGGAUGAAGACACGGGAGGAAGGGGCACCUUUGUUGUGUGUCUGCACAUUGUUUCAGCACAAAGAAAGCGGUUUCUCACUCAGCCACAUCAGAAGUUUGAAUGAAAGCCUAUAAAAUGUAGGACUUGCAUGGUUUGCAUGUCCUGCUUCUUGGCAGCUGUCCCCGCCAUCUCUGGCUGCUCAGUAAGCCGGCUGGAUGCUGUAAUUGGACAAAAGUCAAAUAAACAUUGGUGGGCAAUGAAGUAUUUUUAAAGUGCUGAAAGAGCACAUAAGGAUGACGAAUCAGCCUUUUCAUCAUUGCAAGUUACAGAUGGCUUCGCUUACUUCAGGUUACACACUUCUCUUUCAUACACGUACAUGAAAUAAGAACAUUAAUAUUUGCUUUCAGUGGUGACGUAUUUAAGUACACUGUGUCUUCAAGUGGGGAAAAACAUUCACGUGUGCAGUCAGUGACAAGGAUGUAGCUUGUGAUUGUGGGACAAUUUGUGAGAAUUUAAUUUGCAUAUCAGUUUCUGAGUGCUGCUCUUCGUCAGUAAAAGCAAACUCCAAGGACAUUUUCACAUGACUAUCUCAUGCAUUAUGUACUGCUUUGAAUUGUUAAGAAAUAGAAGCAAUUUUCAGGUGUUUUGUGUUUUGUUUUUUUUUGGCCUCGCUGAAAUAUUACUCAGUAAUUUAUAAAGUAGUAAGUGCUGAUUUGUUUAUUUCAAGGUGUUGAAGCUUGUCAAUUUGCCGCUGUAGAGGGAAAAUUAGCAGUUUAUGUUGUGUAACGUUUGAGUCACAGUUAAGUUUUCUUGUGUGCCUUUUAAAAAGAGAAAUCUGGAUAAACUUUGGUCUGUUAGGCUCAUCGCUGUUAAAACCAGGAGGAACACUGGGGUUCAUAUUCAUCUUAAAGUCACUCUUACAUGGUUGUGAUGUCUCUGAUGUGAGCAGGUGUACCCACACAACCUACCAAUACAAAGCAAAGCUUUCAGUGUGCUUAAUCUCAGUGUGUGAAUUUAUUCACUGCUAAAGAUGAAAUGUUUAAAUAUCGCCUUGUCCCCUCUGUCACUGCAUUGUAUAAUACUGGAAUUUUGUUGCUCAGCCUUUACAUUUCUACCUGUUUUUGAUUUUCCUCUUGACCAAAUAUAACCUAGUAUAAAUAAAACAUUGUGAAACAUUUUUGAUAGAACAAUGGUAUUGAUGAGUGUAAUAUUAACUGUACAUUGAGGUUUAUUUAUUUUGUCAAUGCUACUAUAAAAAAAUCAGUUUGUUUUAUAUGUAUGGCUAUAGUGUACAGAAAGUAAGAAUAUUGUUUAUUUUAUUGUUGCAUAGUUAAAGAUUAUAGAAAACAUUACUCCCCUGAAAGUGUCUGUGGAUCUGUCAGCUGAUUUUCACUUCAAGGAAUAUUCUGACAUUUUGGGAAAUACAUUUAUUCACUUUCUGGCGGAGAGAAGGUCGAUACCACUCUCCAGUGUUGGAAUGUAAAUGUAAGUACCUUUACUCAAGUACUGUACUUAAGUGCAAUUUUGAGGUACUUACACUUUACUUGAGUAUUUCCAAAUAAUUCUACUUUAUACUUCUACUACACAAAGGAAAUAUUGUCAUUUUUACUCCACUACAUUUAUCUGACAGCUGUAGUUACUAGUUACUUUGCUGAUUAAGAUUUUACACACAACACAUAUAAACUUAUAAAAUAUGGCACGUUUUUAUAAAAUAAAGUACCAACAAAAUAAAUCCUCGACCCUGCUACAGCACUGAAAUGCUGCUUAUAUACAAAUGCACCAGUAAAUACUCCUGACAUUUACUUUAGAUCCUUCAAAUACAUUUUGUCAACUUGUACUUUAACUUAAGUAAAUUUUUGGAUGCAGGACUUUUACUUGCAGUGGAGUAUUUUGACAUUGUGGUAUCAGCGUACUACUUUUACUUAAAGUAGCUAUAAUCGAUAUCUUUAUAACAGUGGAUGAAAUGACGACGUGAAAGGGGUCGCUCAUACUGAUUAACCUACAGAGAAUUAUGACCUGAAUCUACAGCUCCCCUUGGCUUUACAGAGCUUUAUAGUGAGUUUCAGCUCAUUGUUUAGCUGUCUGGCCCUCAGCUUUAUUGUUUUGGUUCAUUCUCACCAUUCUCAUAACAUCAUGUUUGCCCAUAGCAGGCAGCUGUUUUCAGCGAAAAACAACAAGUUCACCAUAUCAACUUAAAAGGCAAUGUUGUGUUCACAACUUGUGACCAAAAAAUCAGUAAAGGCCCUUAAUACUUCUUCCACCACUGCCACUCUCACAUCUGUCCAAUUUAUCUUCAUAAUCAGUAACUUCCUGGAGUCUCCGCUGGUUGCUUGGCAACAGGUCCCAGCCAAAAAAUAAUAAUCCCUGGUAAAACGGCAAAUUGUCUUUUUUUACACAGUGUUAAACAAGCGAGAUAUAACGUGUUAAUUACUGAGCUUUAGACACUUGUAGGCGGAUUUUGUUACCUUUGAACAGAGCCAGCCUAACUGUAUCCCCUGUUUUCAGUCUUUAUGCUAAUCUAACCGUCUGCUAGUUAUAGCCACUUACUGAACAAAUAGUGGUAUCAAUCUUUUCAUCUAACUCUCCGCCAGAAAGCGAAUAAGCGUAUUUACCAAGAUGGCAAACAUUUGCUUUAAUGCCAUAUACUAUUGGUAUUAAAAGGGAAUAAAAUGUGUAAAGUGGGCAUUGGCUACCUAUUAGUUGGUAAAAUUAUGUGUCCUACUUGUGCAUAUUUAAAUUCUGUCUUGAAUUUGUGUUGUAGUGAAUCAGGCGUGAGUAGUUCCCACAUGGUCAUAAUCAUUACAAUUCUGUUUUUCAAAUGUGACCAAAUAUUUGCAGUCCACACACAAAAAAAACAGCAAGUAGUGAAGGUGGACAUUGUGCAUUUUGAACAAGAAAAUCAGCUCAUAACUUUGGAUUCAUGGGCUUGGGAUUUCUAUAAGUCAUUACAAAACAUUCUUAAGAUGGUUAAUUAUUAUAAUGAAUUCAGUUUGUUAAAUAAAGUUCAAGUCUGAAUCACUGGCUUUGUGCCUGUUAGUUUUUUUUAUUUAAUACAUGAAAGAAAGUACAUUUUGAGCCCAGAAGAUACAAAAGCAAUGCAUUUGAAUCAAAUCGCAAUAAAAAGUUAACUGAUCA